AUGCUAGACAACACCAAUCCAUCAGUCGCAAAGACAGCCAUCAUCAGCGGCGGUGCUCGCGGUAUCGGCCGCUGCAUUGUGCGCAGAUUCCUCGAGCGCGGAUACAAAGUCUUUAUCUUUGACAUUGACGAGGAAGAACUGAAGCACACGACCACUGUCCAUCUGAAGCAGUACUAUGACAAGAAACAACUCAGCUCCGCCAUCUGCAACCUACGGUCUGUUGACGAGAUUCGCGAGAAGGUCAAGGAAGCUGCAGACUUCUUAGGCGGUCGAAUCGAGGUCGUUGUCAACAACGGUGGUAUCGCUGCGCCAACGUGGAAGGAUGGCAAAGCCAUGGAUGAUCUUGAGACGUUCCCUCAAUGGCAGGCCUACAUUGAGACCAACCUUACAGCUCCCUUUGCCGUUUCACAAGCAUGCCUCCCCUACAUGAAGCUCGAGGACAAGACAGAAUCUCAUCAUCACGAUAAUUCCGAUGCUGGCCCGGUAGUCAUCCACAUAGGUUCUUUUCGCGCAGAAAUGAGCGAUCCCAACCAAGAAGGCUAUGCAUCUUCUAAGGCCGGCCAAAUUGGCCUCAUGCACAGCAUGGCCAUCAGUUUGAGUCGCUGGGGCAUCCGCUGCAAUCUCGUCGCUCCCGGCCGUAUCAAGGUCGCCCACGAAUGCAAGGACGGCGACGAGAAGGGCAUCGAAUGGGCACAUCAGAAUGAGGAGAAGGACGUCGACGACCACGCUACCAACAGAGCCGGUAGACCCAAGGACAUUGCCGAUGCUGUCGAAUACUUGGUCAACGCAGGCUUUGUGACCGGACAGGCCAUCACCGUCGACGGUGGCGCCGUCAGGACGAAGUAA